AUGGGGGAAUGCUGCACCCCAUGCGUGCCUCCCUACCUGGGGGAGGAUGGGGCUGGGAUGCUCUGUGUUCCCAGUGGAAUCCGGGGGACCCUGUGUCCCACCACUGUCUCCAGCACUCUGUCACCUCGGGUGGGGUACUCUGUGUUCCCAGUAGAAUCUGGGGGACCCUGUGUCCCACCACUGUCUCCAGCACUCUGUCAUUUUGGGUGGGGUGGGAUACUCUGUGUUCCCCAUGGAACCCUGUGCCCCAGCACGGUGCCACCUCUGCUGUCCAUCCGUGCCAGGAUGGGACCAGGAUGCUCCGUGUUCCCACCUGGAACAGGGGGCACAGCCCCGUGCCUCCCGUGCUGUCACCUGCCGGGACGCUCUUCAAUCCCAGCGGGAGCCGGGGGACCCCGCUCCCGGGGCCGUGCCACCUGCACUCCAUCACCGCGACGGGCCGGGACGCUCGGCAUCCCGCCGGGCCCGUGUGUCCGGGCCCGUGUCCGCCGUCUGUUUGCAAUCAGCCCCGGAGCCGCGUGCGGCCGGGCCCGCUGCCAGCCCCAGCCUGGAAAAGGGGGAGCGGGAGCGGCGGGAGCCAGAGCCGGGGAGCGCAGCGCGGCAGCGGCACCGCGGAGGCGGCACCUGCCCUGCCCGGCCGGGGGACGCGGGGCCAUGGCCCGGCUGCUGCCCGUGCUGCUGCUCGCGGCCCUGGGCUGCGCGGCGCGGCGGCCGGCGGCGUGGGACGCUGGAGCAGACGCCCAGAGACCCCCGGCCAGGGGCUGCGCCAACCUGACGCUGGUCCUGGACAACUGGAAAUUCGCCAUCACGUCGCAGCUGAGGAACCUGCUGCUGUCCGACCACCAGACCGUGCUGCCCGACUACGGCCGGAUCCCGGCGCUGUCGGGGGCUCUGGACGAGCUGUACCGGGAUUUCCGCGGCCUGAAGGAGCAGCUGGGCCGGCUCUCGGAGCGCUUCGCCCACCUGGAAGCCUCCGUGGAGCAGCUGAGCCGGGCCCGGGGCGCUGCGGCCCCGCCGCGCCGGGGAGGGGUCCCGCCGAGCCCCCGCAGGGCCCCCGGGACCCCGCAGUGAGCAACCGGGCCGGGCCGGGCUCAGCCGGGCUGGGGGACAUGGCGGACAUCGCUUGAGGGGCUCGGAAAAACGGG